AUGGUGGAUUUGGAACCAUUUAUAGUGCUUAUUGGGUACAGAGCCCCUCUUCAUAUGGUUUCAAAUGAGUUCAAAAGAACCGGAAGAACUCGCGUUGCACUAAAAAGUGGUAUUUCUUCAGAACGGUUGGAGGAG